GAGCGACGCACCAACAGCCGAUCCUCCGCUGCCAAGCACAACUUUGAACUCUUAAAUCCUUGAAGUCGUCUCAGCGGCGUGUCGACCAAGUCGAGAAAUUCACACAAAUUGUAACCAAGCCAAACGAACUGGCUUAAAGCAGAAGGGCAAGCAAGAUGGCGCUGUCCAAGCGGCCACUCACCAAGGACACGCCCUUGGCCGAGAGCAACAGCAACAACCAAAAUCACAACCACAGCCACAGCCACAACCACGGCGGUGGCAACAAUACCAAUACCAGCAGUGAUCUCGAGACGACAGCCAUAAAGCGCAGGAAGCGCUGCAGUCGCGAUGAGGAUUCCACUCUCAAUAACAACAACAAUUGCAAUAGCAACAACAACAACAUAUUGCCACAAAAGAAACGAAAACAGGGACCCAUACCGGACAGCCCCGAGAGUCCUGCGCCGACGAGCGUCCUCAAUGUGGGAGCAGCCGGCAUAACCAAGAUGACAGCAGCUCCAGGACCCGCCGAUGCUGAUCAGGAUGAUGAGACACUCAUACGGGAGACGCAGGCGGCAUUGAAGAGUCUGUCCGGCAGCUGGCCGGAUGCCCGGGCCAAUCUGUACAGAUUGCAGGAGCAGGACGAGAAUCCACCGCCCUUCCAGAACCUGUUCGAAGAGAAGCAAAAGUAUGAGGCCAUUGCACCCAGAACUCCCACAACAACUGCAACUGUAUCCCUGUUUCCACGUUUCCACAGACAGAAGGAGAAUGACCAGGCCCGCCUCAAUGCCGGCGCCACGCUCGAGGAUCGCGAGCGGGGCAAGAAGCUGGUUCCAGUCACAGCAACGGGCACAGCUCUGGGUGGUGGACCAGAGGACAUGGAUCUGGAGGAGGCCGCCAGCAAUGUGUAUGCCCAGGCCGCCUCGGCCUUCAAGCCGCCCAUCGACUUUAUCAAACGCAACUAUGCGGCCGCUGCCCACGCCCAUGCCCAGGCCCAGGCCCAUGCCCAUGCACACUACACGUCGAGCGCCUACAAUGCGACGGCAGCGGCAGAGUCCGCCGCCGGAUUGGCCUACUACGGCUAUGCGGCAGCCGCCGCCGCCAGUCAACAGCAGCAGCAGCAAUUGAGCCUGGAGCCGUCACCAUUGCCACCACGCGCUGCCUUUGACAUAGCCAGCCAGCUGGGCGAAAAACCGUCAAAGAACUCCAAGGAGUCGCUGGCAGGCGCAUUGCCAGGAACGGGCACGGGUCAUGGUGGGUCCCAGGUGGAUGCCAAACAGUAUACGAUCCUGCAGCCGGCUGGCGUGGGCAGUCGGGCAGCCUCAGUGAUGCAGGACAUUGCCCGGGAAGGUGUUGUCGGUGUACCUCUGGUUGCCACACCCCCAUCCACGAGUAGUCCGCCAUCAGGAGCAGGAACAGCAGGCACAUCGACAGCAUCAGUGACAUCGACAUCGACGCCGGCGCCCAGCUACUCGCCGGGCAGCCAGAAUCGCGCGGAUUUGGAGAAGCACGAAAAGGAGCUGCAUCCAUUGGAUAAACUGAAGAUCGCCUCCAGUCACUAUCUGAACAACAACAAUACGAGUUGCAUCAACAACAACAACAAUAACAGCAAGUUGAGUGGAACAACAAUGCCCAUUAUCAAGUCGGAGUACAGUCCUGUAGCGAGCAUCAAAUCGGAGUACAACAAAAGCCCAAUGCACUCAUAUCUGGCGAACGAUGCCGCCGGCCCCGCAUCCAGUGUGACGGCCAGCGCAUCCACGACACCGGGCACGGCUCGCACUGCAUCCGGCGGCGGUGGGGCAGCUAACGGUGUCGGCGGUGGUGGCAACACAACCACCUCCAAUGGCGGCGAUGCCAAUCUGCACGCCCCCCACCUGAGUCGCUUUGUGGGCAUGCAGAGUCCUCCCCAUCCACAGAGCCACCAUCCACACGCCCACCACGUUCAGCAGCAGCAACAGCAGCAACAGCAGCAGCAGCAGCAGCAGCAGCAACAUACGCUGCACCAGCAGCGCGGACCCUUUAUCAAUGAGGGCAACGAUGGCCCCGAUCCCUCAGCCAGCUACCACACGGAGCACCAGCAGCAGCAGCAACAGCAACAACAGCAGCAACAGCAGCAGCAGCAGGCGGAGGAGCGCCAGUAUGAGCAGAUGCGCUACGCCGUCGGCGGUGAGCUGCUGAGUAGCAAUGGUGGAGCGAAUGCCAGUGAACUGUCGCCGGGAACGGCGAGGAGUGCCUACGAGGCGCAUCCUCACCCGCAUCCGCAUCCACACCCACAUCCGCAUCCACAUCCGCACCCGCCCACCUCGCUCAGCUCCCUCAGCAGCGCAUCGGUGGUGGGGGCGCCCGCCUUUGCCACAGUAGACUCCGUGUCGGCGGUGACAGUGUCCAGUGGAGCUGGCGGCUUCGAGCGAUACGAUCCCAACUGCUGCCCCAAUGGACAGCGUCAGGUGGCGUCCGUGGCGGGCGUGGCAGCUGCCUCAGCCUCGGCUGCGGCGGCGGCGGCAGCGUAUCACUAUCUGCCCCAAAGCGCCGACGAUCUGCAGGUGCAGCAGCAAAAGUAUCUGCAGGAGCAGCAGCUCAUGCUGGCCAAGGCCGAGCACGAUGAGCAGCUGGCCAAUGGCGGCGGUGCGGGGCCGAUAUAUCCGCGGCCCAUGUACCACUACGAUCCUACCAUGGGACCCCUGCCGCCAGGCUUCUCCGCCAUCAAUCUGUCCGUGAAGAUGGCCGCUGCUCAGGCGGCAGCCGCCGCAGCCGCCUAUCAGAACCAGCAGCAGCAGCAGCAACAACAGCAACAGCAACACCACCAGCAGCAGCAGCAACAGCAGCAACAGCAGCAGCAGCAACAACAGCAGCAACAGCAGCAACAACAGCAGCAGCAGCAGCACGGCAAGCAGAGCUCCUCGCCCACACCGAAUGUGGGUGGUGUGCCAGCGCCAGCGGUUGACCUAUCCGGGUCCACAUCGGUGACCUCCUCCAGUCCGCACGGUUUCAAUUCACCAGCCUCCCACAACCAAUACAACCAGCGCAUGGGCAACGGCAGCCCACAGCCGGGCGCCAGCCCCAAUAUAGCCAGCCCCCAGGUGCCCAGUCCGCAGGGACAGACCCUGGACCUGAGUGUCACCCGGCUCCCACACAGCAUCAUCACCAGUCCCCAGUACGGGGCCGAUGGCCUUGUCGUGGGUCAUGCCCAGGGUUUUGGCAGCGGAGCGCCUGGCGCUCUGGGCCCCAAUGGACCGCCGCGUUCCCCCCAAAUGGAGCCCGUCGACUUCAGUGGACCGCCGCGACCCCUGGGCUUCGGACUGGUUGGACACAUCAGUGGACCGCGGCCCUACAGCCGUGAAUCCACGCCGGACAGCGGCGGCUCACACUACAUCGAGACGUACAGGGAUCCCAGCGGAUACUCGCCGCAUCCCGGUUACGGCAUGGUGGUGCAAUCGGACUAUCCACCGGCUGGCUAUCAUGGCUAUGGUCCAGCCGCGUAUCAGUGCAGCAAUCCGUAUGCCACGGCGGUGGGCCCCGGCGGCUAUCCAACGCCCGUUUCCGGCGGCUAUUCACCCAGCCCGGCCACCUGCUACUCGAUGCCACCGCCGCAGCACAUACCGCAGCACGACAAGACCAAGGACGGAUUGACGGGCUGCUCGCGCUCCGACCGAAAUCAUCUGCAGUCGCACUCGCAGGAGCUCAAGUGCCCAACGCCCGGCUGUGAUGGCUCUGGCCAUGUGACCGGCAACUACUCAUCGCACCGCAGCCUCUCCGGCUGUCCUCGGGCCAAUAAGCCCAAGAGCAAGCCGCGCGAUGGCCAGGACUCGGAGCCACUGAGGUGUCCCAUACCAGGAUGCGAUGGCUCAGGUCACUCCACCGGCAAGUUUCUCUCCCACAGAAGUGCUUCGGGUUGUCCCAUAGCCAAUCGGAACAAGAUGAGAGUCCUGGAGGCUGGUGGCACUGUGGAGCAGCACAAGGCCGCUGUGGCGGCUGCCACCGCCAUGAAGUUCGACGCGUGCACCACUGUGGGCGGUCAGGGCAUCAAGAAGCCCAAAUUCGAUGAGGUCACCAUGGUCUAUCCCAAGGGUUAUACAGGAGGAAGCGGCCUGGACAUUGUCAUGAGCGGCACAGGGGGUGUUGUUGGCGGCGUCGUGGGUGGCAUUGGACUCAAUGUCAAUGUUGGCCUUGGAGUUACCAGCAGCAGCAACAGUGCCCACAGCAGUCUCAGCAGCAGCAACAACAACAACAACAACAACAACAAUGGAAACAACGAGAAGAGCGGCACGGCGACAGCAUCGGGCAAUGGCAGCGACGAUCUGAACACCCUUGAGGCUGAGAUCUCCGAGCUGCAGCGAGAGAACGCCCGAGUCGAGUCGCAGAUGAUGCGACUCAAGUCCGACAUCAAUGCGAUGGAGUCGCAGCUGAGCACCAGCGAUCGGGAGGCUUCUCCAUUGAGCGGCCAUCAGCAGCAGCAGCGCUCCUCCAAUGUGACCAUGGCUUCACCCAGCGGACAAUCGCCCUUCGCUAGCGUCAGCUCCACCAGCGGAACCGGCACAGGUCCCGCAACCAGCUCCAGCAACAAUAACGGAAACGGCAGCAACGAUCUGGGCCACUCGAUCAGCAGUCUGACGCCUGGCUCCGGCAACAGCAACCCAAACACGAAUGUCGUUGGCAUGAUGUCGCAUGCCCCGGUGGACGGUGGCGUUGCACCGCCCAAUGCCAACCUAAACAACUACUACGAGAGUUUGCGCAACAAUGUGAUCACGCUGCUGGAGCACGUGCGCUUGCCGCCGCCACCCGCACCGCCCACUUCGGUGUCUGUCUCGGCCUCGAUAGCCGGCGGUCAGGUGGUGGCGGGUCAUGGCCUGGACAGUGUGUGUGCCGGGGGUCAACUGGUGGCCGGAAGUGGCAGCGAUCAUGCCACAGCGUACUCCACAUUGCUGCCGCCACCGCCACCACCGCCGACGGCCAGCAGCGGCAACAUUGGUGGCGGAAUGUACGGUCAUCAGGGUGGGACGGGUGCCGGUGGUGGCCCGCCACCGGGUCCACCGCCGGUGCCUCCGCAUCAUGCCUACACCGUGCAUCAUCCCGUCAGCUAUGCCCACCCACACUCGCAUCCGCACGGACAUCCGCACGGACAUCAUCCGCACCCGCAUCCGCACGAGCACUUCGACUCGUACAUCUCCAAGCUGCAGUCGCUCUGCGUGCCGCCCGAUGUCUAUGCCCUGCCCGAUGACGCCGAGCGCACUGUCUACAACUCGGUGAAGCCAAGCAUGCACCAGGACUACGGCAAACUGAUGCCGACACCCAUCUAAACGAGCAGGUAGCCCCGAUGUUCCAUCCCGUCCAGGGUUCGUGAGUGUACAUAUAUCUACCUAUAGCAUAGAGUGGAGAAGUGCCGACACAAAACAGACUAUAAGAAUUGUGGCGCGAGGCAUCUCCCAGCCCAAGGAUCUUUAGAGAUCUACGUAUAUUUCGCAUGCUCCUGGAAAGCGGACAGAUUCUUUUCCUAGUGUUAGAUUGAGCUGUUGCACAUCCUAUAUCCUAGACGCUUUCGUCGUGUUGAUAGAAACUGUAUAAAAGAUUAAAACCUAAACAAAGCAGAAGCAAAAGCAAAAGCAAAGUACGUGUGUAAUAAUAUUCAUCAUAGAUACGAUUUACGAUUAACAUUUUUUUUUGUCUGUAUCAAAUACUAAAAGAAAAUAAAAAACUAGAAGUUAUAGCAACGUAAACAUAAAUAAACUUAGGCGUAGGAAGUUUAAAACCCGUACAUACUCGUACAUUGUAUAUGUUAACUGUAGGGCAUUUGUUUGGUGUUGAUGUCUUGGUCAAUUUUUUGCAUACAAAAUGGAUAAUGUUCUUAACUAUUUAAUCACCCCCUUCCACCCUCACCCUCACCCUCCCGAAACCCCAACCGCAAACCCAAGUUCUAUUCCCUCAAAGUAAGUUUAGUUUAGGGAAAAAGUCAAACACCAAAAGUGGCAAUGAAAAAACAUAAUACAAAAAAAACUUAAACGAAAAUCUAUAUUCAAUACUAAUGUUUAGAGGAUGUAAUCGUGUUAAAUUUUUUUUUUUUUGUGAUUACUGUAAUAUUGAAAAUGUAAUGAAAAAAGUGUGUGUGGUGUGUAAUAUCAAGAGAAUAUCCAAAACUAAGUAAAUUGUAUAUGGCAGCAGGGAAUACAUGCAUAAAUCUGUGUGUACAUUCAUGAAUGAAUGCAUGAAUAUUCCGUAGAAGAGCAUGCACACACACAAAAUAUAAAUAUAUAAAUAAAUAUGCGUGGUUGUCUGUGUAGGAUCAUAAGUUUUAAUUGCCGCUAUUGGCAAAAGGCAUUAACCGAGCCCCUCCCCCUCCCCCGCCCACGCAAUGAGCGAAAACAUACUGGGGAAAAAUCAAUGGAAAUAAAUAGGUUACAAUUCAGUGCAAUACAUUCAAAAACGAAGAAUAACGAGAAACCCAAAGCAUAUUUAAUAUAAUUGUGUAAACUUAAGUAACAAAAAAAGUAGUUGAACAUAAUGUCACCUUUUUUUUGUAUCGUCUUACGUCUAAUCAUAACAUUAACUAUAAUAACUAAAAGAAAAGGAAGGUGAGAGAAGCAAAAUAGGUCCCCACAGAGAGCGAGAGAGAUG